GAGAAGUGGCCCAUCUUGUUAUGUACUAUCCACAGAAUUCUACACUACUCUAAGUGUAGAAUUCUGUGGUACUAUCAUUGCAAAAAUUCAACCGAGGGUCUUGCGAAUACUUUGUAUUCGACUUCUACGGGAAAAAAGAAGCGGAAGUCUCGCCUUGAAGAGUGAAGCAAAAGAAAGCACAAAAGUUGAGCCUUGUCUCCCUUGGCUGAAAAAAAUUGUUUUCACUUUUACGUGACUUUUCACUUCCACCUCAAGUCUCAAGACUAGACUAGGCUAUGAUCUAGAUUUUAGAGGAGUUCUAUUUAUCCGCAAUUGACAAUCUUGCGAUGCUGGACCUAUUCCUUUUGACGAAUGAAAGUGCUGUUUAACCGUAUUGUAAAAAGCACCAAGAGAUCUAGAUCUAGAUCUAGAUCUAUAUCUAGAUUUAGAUCUAGUGUCUAAUCUAAGCCUAGAUCUCUAGGUCCUAGGUAGGUAGUUUUAGGCCUACUGAACUGCUAUGGUAGCUCGGCCUCGGCGACCAUCACAGUAGCCUAACACACAGCCCUAGUCACCGCGUCAGUUGCAGUGACUGCAUCAUAAAAGGAGAAAAGGGUGUCUGUGUAUCGUGUUACAAGUUAAAUAACCAAGUAAACUUAGGCUAAGUCGGUAGGUAUUCAAGACUCAAGAGGCGAGGAUCUGAAAAACAUCACCGGAAACACAGCCGAACAUGGCUCUGUCCUCUGAAACCAGAAGUGUUCUCAGUCUCUCUUUGGCAAAAAAGGUGGUGUGGUCAUGGCACCUUCUUUCAGCCAUCAGUCUCAUCGUUGCAGUUUUUCAUUCUCCUGUGGUAUCAACCAAUAUUGAUGGGAGUUCAGGAUCAUCGACACUUGGUGAUGUGAAUGCUGCCAGUGUCACAGACAUGUCCACAAGCACAGCAGAUCCUCAGCCAUCCAACAGUAACAGCAGCAAGGAAGAAGUGGAAGAACCACAAGCAGCAGACUGUGCAGCUGAUAUCUCUGAGGCCUGUUCCAGCAGCAAAGAGUGCAAAGACCUCGGGGGUUAUUGCCUUGACUGUGUCUUCAACUCAACAUGCCAUUAUGGAACAAAACAGAUGGCCAAAUGCAAGCCAAAGCAGAAUGUGAAUUGUUCAGGAGACCAAACAUUUGAAAGAGAAUAUGAAUGCCGUUACUGCUACCAGCUGCCAGAGUCAGAAGUUGUGUGCAACCAGUCUACGACCUGUGCGUUGAACAAGCCUCAAAAAUAUUAUCCAGCUCAUCCACAGUUCAUCAGCACAUGCUGGGCACGACCAGAAACACUGUGCCUUGGGCGAAGGUGUUUUCAUAAACAGUUUCCAUGUAAUUGGUCUCAAGGCUACAAAUGGUCUACAGCAAUGCUUUUGAGUAUAUUUCUCGGGGGCUUUGGUGCCGAUCGCUUCUACCUUGGGCUGUGGAAAGAAGGAAUUGGCAAGCUGCUGAGUUUUGGUGGUCUUGGUGUGUGGACUCUCGUGGAUGUUAUUCUCAUAGGCGUGGGAUACAUUGGGCCCUAUGACGGGUCCGUUUACCUAUGAUACUUUGAUCGUAGAGCACUCUUUGGUUGAAUUUACGUAUCAUAUAUUUGACUUAAUGCGCCAAUGUUCUACCAUCAUUCUGCCAUUCAUCAAAUAAUGUUAAACUCUCUGUUUUCUGGUCCUGAACUAUAUCUAGAUGGUAAUGUUGGUGUGGAACCCUCAUCCCAAUUAUCAGUGGGACGAGAUAUAUACUAAAUCAUUUCAGUAUGACUGAACAGCCAGAGUACAGUGUAAGGAUUGAUUAUGAUAGCUUACUCAUUCUUCCGACAAAAAUGUGCUGCAAGAAGCAGUUUCAUGCAUAAUAUGAGGUGAUUUUUGGUUUUUAGGAGUGGUAUCCAUAACCUUUUAAUGUAGUUUUUUUUGUGUAUUGUCCAUAGAUCUUUUCCAGAAUAUUUGAAUCGUUGAGAAGUUUGAAAAUUGUUUUUAUUUAAAUCAAUUAUAGAAACAAAGUGAGCGUAUAAAAGAUCUUAAUCAUGCUUGGCGGGUGCUCUGGUGUGGUCUGCUUCUUCUUUCUUAUCAAACAUCUAUCGUCCUUAUCUACCCUUCUUCUUUUUUAUGUUUGUUACUCUCUUGUA